AUGCUCAAUCUAGUCAUUUGGGCGAUCAGAGCCUUCUAUCUCCUCAGCAGUCUUGCAAUCUUCGCAGUCCGCCUGAUUCCUGCGCUCGGAGACCGAUUCCUCGCGUACGGUGCGCGUGCGCGAGACCCAGCUCGCGGUAGUGAGGACAGAAAGCAGAAGCAGCCUUCGGUAGGCGUAAAGUUCCUCGACUACGUUGCUACUUUCACCGUCCCUCAUUCGUGGUUCACUCACUUCUACAUCCUCUCCAUCGCAUGCUCGUUGGCUUGUCUGUUCACUUUCCAUCAAUAUGCAGGGACGACCGAGAAUCAGGACACGGACAUCCCGGCUUUCUGCUCGAUGUUGAUGCUUGUUCAGGGCUGUCGAAGACUAGUUGAAUGUCUCGUCCUUACCCAACAGAGCAAAUCGCGGAUGUGGAUAGGACACUAUGCCAUUGGCAUGGCAUAUUACAUUGCCACAAACAUCGCCAUCUGGGUUGAGCAUCUCGAUGCCAACCUCAUUCGACCGUCGCGGCCUGAUUCGGACAGGAAUCAAGGAAGUAUUCUGUGGACGUCCAAGACUCUCAUCUGCACGAUCGUCUUCUUCUGGGCCAGCGACAGACAAAAUCUCUAUCACCGCUACUUGUCGAGCCUGAAGAAAUACACUUUGCCGGAGAAACAUGCGUUCCGAUGGAUAGUAGCGCCGCACUACACGGCCGAAUGUCUCAUUUACCUCAGUCUUGCCGUCGUAGACGCGCCCCCUUCUCAACAACACCACCACCACCACCUUCAGCAGUAUCAUUACAAUCAAAAACCAGCAACAACAUCCAUAAACUGGACGCUCUUCUGCGCCCUGGUCUUCGUCACGGUCAACCUUGGUGUGACGGCGGCCGGGACGAAGGAAUGGCUUCGCACGAAAUUUCCCGACAGGGCCUGGGAGAUUAUCAAGAGAUGGAGGAUGAUUCCAUUCGUGUUCUAA